AUGCCCCUUAAAAUGAGAGCUUUAGCAAAGGGCUCUAGGAGGAACUUCAGCCAUUCGGCUGAGUCUGAGUCACUGGCCCUGGGGACUGAAUUCCUGUGUGCUAUUGACUUUCAGUUCAGAGCACUGAAGAAGGUCCGCAUCUUUGAUGCUCCAGAUGAUCUUCCCAAAGAGCGUUCCAGUCUCCUUGCGGUGUCUAACAAAUACGGGCUGGUCUUUGCUGGUGGAGGAACCAGCCUGCAGGUCUUUCACACUAGAAAUCUUCUCAUGCAAAACCAGCUGGGAGAAGAUCCCAAUAAAAUUGUGGAGAAUGUUCAGAGUACCUUAGUUCCCAUGAAGUUUCCUGUGCAGCACCUGGCUCUCAGCUGUGAUAAUCUCACGCUGUCCGUCUGUAUGAUGUCCAGUGAGAUUGGUUCCUUCAUUGGCUUUUUUGAUGUCCGCACGUUCUUAAAUCAGGCAAAACAGCAGAAACGUGCAUUUGCUUACCACAAACUGACCAAGGACUCAGGAAAUGCAGCAAUGGUCAAUGACCUCAAGUGGAACCCUGCCAGCCCUGCCAUGGUGGCCAUCUGCCUGUCCGAUGGCAGCAUCUCCGUCCUGCAGGUCACUGACUCUGUGAAGGUGUAUGCCACGCUACCUUCCUCCGUAGCUGUGACAUCUGUGUGUUGGAGCCCAAAGGGAAAACAACUGGCUGUGGGGAGGCAAAAUGGCACUGUGGUGCAAUAUCUGCCUAAUCUGCAGGAGAAGAAAGUAAUCCCUUGCCCUCCCUUCUAUGACUCGGACAAUCCUGUUAAAGUGUUGGAUGUACUGUGGAUUGGCACAUAUGUCUUUACUAUUGUAUAUGCAGCAGCUGAUGGGACACUGGAAACACCUCCAGAAGUGGUCAUAGCCAUAUUGCCUAAAAAGGAAGAGAAGCGACCAGAGAAGUUUGUGAAUUUCAUGGAGCCUUGCUAUGGGAGCUGCACAGAGAGACAGCAUCAUUACUUCCUCAACUAUGUUGAGGAAUGGGAUCUAGUUCUGGCAGCUUCGGCAGCUUCCACAGAAGUCAGCAUUCUUGCCAGGCAAGGGGAUCAGAACUGGGAAUCAUGGGUUUUGGAGGACUCCAGCAGAGCAGAACUUCCUGUGACAGAUAAGAGCGAUGACACGCUGCCUGUUGGCGUUGCUGUAGACUACACCAGUAACAUGCCUAUCCCGAUCAGUGACGACAAGACCCUUGCUCCAGCUCCAGUUCUCAUCUUGCUCUCUACGGAUGGUGUGCUCUGCCCAUUUUACAUGAUCAAUCAAAACCCCGGGGUCAGGUCGCUUAUUGUGACCCCAGAGCCGUUGCUGUUGGUAGGGGAGAGAGUUCCAAAGUCAGCAGGAAGCACUGCCACAACUCCAACCACUCCUCCAACUGCUUCAAAGCCUGACACGGUACCAGGUGUUGCUGCUGCUGCUGUGCCUGCCUCAAGUCAGCCUCCUGCAGGGAGUGGAGCAGCUGCUUUUUCCUUUAUGCCUUCAGCUGUGAAGAUGCCUGGCUCUGUGGGCAGUGAUCCUCCGCCUUACCCCUUUGGCACAGAUGCCUCCACGCAAGCCCUGGCUCCCAGUCUGACUGGAGCAGCAACAUUCUCUUUCUCCUCUGCUUCUCCGAAGGCAUCUGUGACUCCUGCUCCUUCUGUGGGCACCACUACAGCCACAGCCAGCUCCUUUUCCUUUGGAUCCAUGAACUUUAAACCAGCUGCAGACAGCUCACCUGGGACACCACUCUCCACAACACCUGUUGCACAGAAGUCAUCUUUUGCCCCUUCAGCUUCUUCAGUCAAAGUGAACCUCAAUGAGAAGUUCACUGCUGUGGACACCUCUUCUCCCACUAGCAGCAGUGGCCAAUGCACUUCCACAAUGUUUUCAUUCUCAACCACUUCAAAAACUGCUUCUGGAGGUCCUCUGAGCCAGUCCACACCCCUCGCAGCCUCUCCUACCACACCACUGAAGGCUUCGACCCCUGUGCCUGCUGCGGUGGCGCGUCCUGCUCAAAAUAUCCCUUCAACUUCUUUACUACAGAAGACAGCCAAAAUCACCCCUUCUGCAGCAAAACCAAGCUCUGCUCAGGGCAAAUCAGCACUCCCCAGCACAGCUUUAGAGAAACAGGCCCACCAGUGGAAAGAUUCAGACCCCGUCAUAGCAGGAAUCAGAGAGGAGAUUGCACAUUUUCAAAAGGAAGUGGAGGAACUGAAGGCCCGGACUUCCAAAGCCUGUUUCCAAGUUGGUACUCCAGAGGAAAUGAAGAUGUUGCGAACUGAGUCAGAUGAUCUUCACACCUUCCUCUUGGAAAUUAAAGAGACAACAGAGUCACUUCAUGGAGAUAUUAGUAUUCUGAAGACAACCUUGCUGGAGGGAUUUGCAGGGGUAGAAGAGGCUAGAGAACAGAAUGAACGGAAUCGUAGCUCGGGGUAUUUACACUUGCUUUAUAAGAAACCUUUGGAUCCCAAGAGUGAAGCGCAGCUUCAGGAAAUCCGACGCUUGCACCAGUAUGUGAAGUUUGCUGUUCAGGAUGUGAAUGACGUUCUAGAUUUGGAGUGGGAUCGGCACUUGGAACAGAACAGAAAGCAGAAGCGUCUGAUUGUUCCUGAGCGAGAGACUUUGUUUAACACCCUGGCUAAUAACCGGGAAAUAAUCAAUCAGCAGAGGAAGAGACUAAAUCAGCUCGUCAACAGCCUGCAGCAGCUCCGACUCUAUAAUCAGACCUCUCAGUGGAGUGUUCCCAGUGAUACAUCUUCUCUUAGCAGUGCUCAGAGUUUUGACAGUGACCUUGAAAGUCUGCGCAGUGCCUUGAUGAAAACUACCUUGGAAUCACAUGCCAAACCUCUGCCUAAAGUACCUGCUAAAUUAUCCCCUGUGAAACAAACACAGUUGAGGAAUUUCCUAGCCAAGAGGAAAACUCCACCAAUUAGGUCUACAGCUCCAGCAAGUUUGUCUCGAUCUGCCUUCUUGUCCACAAGAUAUUAUGAAGAUUUGGAUGAAGUCAGUUCAACAUCCUCAGUUUCUCAGUCUCUGGAAAAUGAUGAUUCACAGGCAGUGGACCAGGAAGAAGAGGCUGCUCCAGUCCAAGUCCCUCGUCAUGCUCCUGUGGUCCGUACUCCCUCUGUCCAGCCUGGUUUGAUGGCUCAGUCUCCGUCCUUUGGGAAACAGCCCCUCUCCCUGGGUACCUUGCUGCCUACGUCUUCAAACAGAAUCAUACCACAAGGGGCAGACAGUACAAUGCUUGCAACAAAGACUGUGAAACAUGGGGCUCCUGCUCCCACUGUCACUGUUCCAGCACCACAGGCAGCAGCUGCUGCAGCUCUGCGGAGGCAGAUGGCUAACCAGUCCCCAGCUGUAAGCACCUCCUUGACUGAAUCAACUCUGAAAAACGUUCCUCAGGUGGUGAAUGUGCGAGAACUCAAGACGGGUGCAUUGACUCCAGCUGUCUCUGCAGUAAUAGGAUCAUCUGUACCUCACUCUGCAGCCCAGGCAGUCCACCAAGUUUUGGCAACUGUUGCUACAAAUCAAGCUAAACAGACACCUCUAACAAGCUCGCUUAAGGGACAGACUCCACCUUCCUCUGUGUGUGCACCCUGUCCUAUAGCAUCUACAUCUGGUCCAACGUCGUCUGGCAACAAAAUCUCAGGACAAGGGACGGUUAAAACAGUUACAGCUGUGACUUCUACAGUGACAUCAGUACCAGCAACAACUGCACAGCUUAACAAAGCAUUCUCCUUUUCUGUGGGGUCUGGAUUUAAUUUUGGUGUCACAACAGCUGCUUCAUCACCGACGCUGCCCAGCCUUGCUUCUUCACAAGCCCCUGCUAAAGAGACCACCCAGACUGAUUCAUUUUCACUUGCUGGGAGUUCCAAAUUUGGAGUAGUCCCUGAGAGCUCCUUUGCUUUUGGAUCCCUCAAGCCAGCAAGUGCUCCAGGAGCCUUAGUAGGAAAUAGCUCCUCAGCAGAUGGCACCCAGUCAAACAAACCUGCUGCAACAACAUCUUCUGCUCCCUCCACAGCCUCUGGCAAGUUGGAUAUCCCUCCGUCUAAACCAGGAGAUCACUUGUUUCAGAGCAACCUAGCUGGGGAAACUCUUGGGAGCUUCUCGGGACUUCGGGUUGGUCAAGCAGAGGAUAAUGCCAAGACCACCACUAAAGUACCAUCUACCAGCGUUGCAGGAGCACAGUCAACUAAAGUAUCUACAAUACCUUCUGGGUUUACUUUUACUGCUCCCCUGUCAUUAGGAAAAGCUGGAGAAGCUGCUUCAACAUCAGUCACAUCGGCUGGCACGGCAUCCCCGUCCAUCAGCACUAGUGCCACAGGCAGUCUCUUUGGCAACGUCCAGAUAACCAACACAGGGUCUUCUGGGGUAUUUAAUCUUGGAGGCUCUAGUGGCAGCAAACCCACCUUUUCAUUUGGUAUUCAGCAAACAAACAGUGUGAGCACAUCCACCUCUACCCCUUCUACUCUCUCCACUUCAACAUCCCUCUCAUUUGGAAGUUUCUUGAGUUCUUCGCAAACAGCUGUCCCUGCUGCAACUUCUAAUAAGGGUGCAGGGGAUGCCAAAUUACCAUCUGUGUCAGAAAAGCCAUCUGAAAAUGAAGCUGUAGUAGUUGGGUCUUCACCUCCAGUGUCACAGUCACCGCAGCCGCAGGUACAGCUUUCAGAGUCUGGUAAAGAACCAGUUUUACCCCAGGCCACGGCCGGGGACAGCGUCUCUGCGGGCUCUGGCACCACCUCGGCAGCACCUCCCCCCGAUGCCAUCGCUGCUCCUGCCUCCACAAGUGAUUUGAAGGCACCGGUGCCUCCUGCCGUCUCUGCAUCUUCCCCACCAGAUCAGAAUGUCUCAGCGACAACGUCUACAGCAAACAUUGCCUCUCCUGCAGAAGCCACAAGUGUGUUGGCUGCUACCUCUGACAUUACUACAUGUGUUCAGAGUCCAGCUGUCGGUGCCUCUGUGUUUGCCCCCACCUCUGCAGGCUCCUCCGUCUUCUCUCAGCCUCCAAGUUCCAGCUCUUCUGGCUCAGCAUUUAGCCAGCCUGCUGGUGAUACAACCGCCACUCCUUCCACACCACCUGUUUUUGGACAACUCCCAGCAGGUACCACUGCAUCCUCUCCGUUUGGGCAGCUCACCACCAGCACCUUGGCCACCGCCACCACUACCACGCAGGCUGCCAGCUCAGGUUUUGGUACUUCUGCUUUCGGCACCACCACUGCCGGGGGCUUUGGUCAGCCAGCCUUUGGACAAGCACCAACCUUUGGGCAGCCAGCAAGCAGUUCUUCAAGUGGUUUUACCUUUAGCCAGUCUGGGUUUGGGACAAUGCCAGCCUUUGGCCAGCCAGCGGCCUCCACAGCAGCCUCUAGCAGUGGCAGUGUUUUUGGAGCACCGGCCAGCACCAACACCGCCAGCAACUUUUCCUUUGGACAGCCAUCUGCCAGCACUGGAGGGGGAUUGUUUGGACAAAGCAGCCCUCCAGUGUUCGGGCAGAACACUGGCUUUGGGCAAGGGGGCUCCGUCUUUGGUAGCACUGCCGCAGUUACUACUACAACGUCAUCUGCUGGGUUCAGCUUCUGCCAAGCUUCAGGUUUUGGUUCUAGUAACACGGGUUCUGUGUUUGGGCAAGCAGCUAAUACUGGAGGCACAGUCUUUGGCCAGCAGCCAUCUUCUUCUAGUGGAGGCUUGUUUGGAGCUGGAAGUGGUGGGAGAGAUGGAGGCUUCUUCAGUGGUUUGGGAGGAAAGCCAAGUCAGGAUGCAGCCAAUAAGAAUCCCUUCAGUUCUUCCAGUGGAGGAUUUGGAUCUGCAGCUUCCCAGAAUUCUACUAACUUAUUUGGAAACAGCGGAGCAAAGACGUUUGGAUUUGGCAGCUCAUCUUUCGGAGAGCAGAAGCCUACGGGCACUUUCAGCUCUGGUGGUGGAAGCGUAGCAUCUCAGGGCUUUGGGUUCUCCACUCCGAACAAAGCAGGUGGCUUCGGUGCUGCUCCAGUGUUUGGCAGCCCUCCUACUUUUGGGGGAUCCCCUGGGUUCGGAGGGGUGCCAGCAUUCGGUUCAGCCCCAACCUUUUCAAGCCCUCUGGGCUCAACGGGAGGCAAAGUGUUCGGCGAGGGUACAGCAGCAGCCAGCGCUGGAGGAUUUGGGUUUGGUGGUACCAGUAACAACACAGCAUCGUUUGGCACACUAGCAAAUCAAAAUACUCCGACAUUUGGAUCACUGUCACAACAGGGUACCGGUUUUGGCACACAAAGCAGUGGAUUCUCAGCUUUUGGAACAGGUGGAGGAGGGUUCGGCUUUGGAUCAUCUAACACAUCUUCCUCUGGAUUUAGUGGAUGGAGAAGCUAGGAACAUCCUGACCUGUGCCGUAACUCCUGCAUUCAUGAGUCACCUACAUGAUCAAUAUCCAAACAGCUUUUCCUUUAAAUAUAAGUUCUCAGACUUUUUUUUUUUCUAAAAAAGAAAAAGAUUUUGCUUAUUUUUAUGCAACGCUUGUUCUUGGUCUAUAUUAAACUAUUUUAUCUUCCUUGA